AUGGCGAGGAAUGCCGUUCGAAGGAUUUCUUUUGUGGACCUCCCAGAGAAUGUCAUUCUGAAAAUUCAGGUUGCUGCAGGCGACCCUUCUGCGGUGUACGGUGUCGAGGCUCUGGCAUGCUCCGCGACGAGAACGACCGAAGCCGCCUGGGGAGGGGUAUUGGAAGCCUUCUUCCCUUCGUUGUUCCUCAGGCUUUGCGCAGAGGACUUCGCCGGAAGCUACAAGCAGGUCUUCACCCGCCGUGCGCGGAGAGCCGAGGAAUGGCGGCGCCGGAAGCAGAAACCGCGCUCCGACAGCUUCGAGGAGGUCAAACUAGCUCCUGUUCCGACGCCUACCAAGCAGAAGCCGCACAACAAGUUGCUAUACGCGGACAAUCGCCAGGGACAUUUGGCCGACAGCACGCUUGGACUUAAGGUUUGCGGCCGUUGUGGGGAGAAAUACACUGCAUCGGCGAAUCGAACCAGUAUGAGCUGUCAUUACCACGAAGGGACGCUUGUUCCUUUCGGGCCGGAGGCGAGUGCAUUGACCCGGAGCGAGCGACAGCAGAUCGCAAAGUGUGGCAAGUUCGCGCUUCGCAAGUGUGGCGGAGUUGCAGGCCGCAAGUCUCGGCAAGGGGGCCGAGGCCACUGGACGAAAGGCUUGGGUCUCCCAGCAGUCGUCGCAGGCAAGGUUAUGGUGUGGGAGGAUGUUUGUGUUGGUCCUGGUGAAGUUCUGUGUGCUUGGUCGUGUUGCUCACGGCUUGGCCUGUUUGCCGAGGGUUGCACCGUUGGCAUUCACAGGCCCUCCUGA